UUUUAACCACGCAGUUAUUUUUGUUACAUUUGAUUUAUUACUUUACUUCUUGAAAAAUAUGGCCUCGGCUACUAUAUCACCAACCGAAGACGAUGAAUUGACCUUACCUCGUGCAUCGAUCAAUAAAAUGAUCAAAGAAAUUUUACCACAUGUACGUGUAGCGAAUGAAUCUCGAGAAUUAAUAUUAAAUUGUUGUACAGAAUUUAUUCAUUUACUUUCUUCCGAAGCAAAUGAAAUUUGUAAUCAACAACAAAAGAAAACUAUAAAUGCUGAACAUGUUCUUCAAGCACUCGAAAAACUUGGAUUUGGAGAUUAUAGUGCAGAAGCGGAGGCAGUUUUGCGAGAUUGCAAGGCUGUUGCAGCUAAACGAAGACGUCAAAGCACUAGAUUAGAAAAUUUGGGAAUUCCAGAAGAAGAACUUCUUAGACAACAGCAAGAAUUUGCAAAGGCAAGAGAAGAACAAGCAGUAGCAGAACAACAGCAAUGGCAACAAUUACAAGCAGUUGCACAAAUGGCUUCAAUGCAACAAGUCGAUAGUGAACAAGAAGAUUACUCGUAAAAGUUUAUAGUUUUAUAUUAAUAUAUUUAAUCGAAAUCAAUUCAUUGACAACAAAUAAGAGAUGAUUGUUUUCAUUCUAGCAAAUUUGAAAUAAUUGCAACGAUGUAUCAUUUUAAUUUUUCUUUGAUUUAUUCAUUAUAUAUCAUUACUUAUACAUAACAUUCAAAAAUGCCAGAAAUUGCUUUCGCAUUUUUAUGAUUUUAGGAUCUUAUUAUGAAUUUAAAUAAGUAACAAAAUAUUAUGAUUUUUUUAUAUAAAAUGCCUAAAAUUACUUGAUACAUUAUACAUAUAUUCUUUUGCAGAAAUAAUGUAUAAUAAUACAUUUAUAUCAUACAUUAUUGAAAAUUAUGGCAUUAAUCUUCCAUACUCGGAAGAAAGAUGACUUUUUUUAAUCGCUUCCAUUACUUUUGAAACAUAAUGAUACCUAGAUAAUUCAAUUACAAAGUAAUUAUUAUAACGUACAAUGAAAAAAAAUUAAUUUUUUUAAUUU